CGAUGCUCACAUUUUCCAGUGUUUAGAUUUUAUCCACUUUAUUAAUGAGGCAGGCAAGAGGCCCGGGUGAGGGUGUGGGGGUUGCCUCUGCCUCACUGAGAGGAGGGGGUCACAGACCAGACCAAUUCAGAGAACCUCAGUCCUGGCGGGAAGAAGCCAGGCCCAAGUGGCCCUGACCAUUGCCAGCAGCAGAGGUUUCCCCCUCUCAAGGCUCUCAGCUCCAGCGGGCAGACAUGCAUGGGGUGGAGCAGCCCCUGGAGGCCAGCGGGGUGCGGGUGGAGGCGGCACAGUGCUGAGGAGCCGCCCCAGGAAGAGGGAGCGGCCUGCCGGGAGCCAGGGAGCAGCUGGCGCGGGCAGCAGGAGCCUAGUUCCGGGCCAUGGGGACCCUGCAUCCUGAGCAGCACUGGCCCUCUUGGCCACUGAUAUGAGCCCCUGUGGGCUUAACGUGAGCCUAGUGGACGAGGCAACAACGUGUGCAACACCCAGGGUCCCCAACACAUCUGUGGUGCUGCCACCAGGCGAUUCCGACACAUCACCAGCGCUGCCUAUCUUCUCCAUGACUCUGGGUGCCGUGUCCAACGUGCUGGCGCUAGCGCUGCUCGCACAAGCUGCAGGCCGUCUGCGACGACGCCGCUCAGCAGCCACCUUUCUGUUGUUCGUCGCCAGCCUGCUGGCCAUCGACCUGGCAGGCCAUGUGAUCCCGGGCGCGUUGGUGCUUCGCCUGUAUGCUGCAGGACGAUCGCCUGCUGGCGGGGCCUGUCAUUUCCUGGGCGGCUGCAUGGUCUUCUUCGGCUUGUGCCCACUUUUGCUUGGCUGCGGCAUGGCCGUGGAGCGCUGUGUGGGUGUUACGCAACCACUGCUCCACGCAGCGCGUGUGUCGGUGGCCCACGCACGCCUGGCACUAGCCGCUCUGGCCACCCUGGCUUUGGCAGUGGCGCUGCUGCCGCUAGCACACGUGGGUCGCUACGAGCUACAGUACCCUGGUACCUGGUGUUUCAUUAGCCUUGGGCCUCGUGGAGGUUGGCGCCAGGCAUUGCUUGCCGGCCUUUUUGCUGGCCUUGGACUGGCUGCGCUCCUUGCGGCACUCGUAUGCAAUACGCUUAGCGGCCUGGCGCUCCUGCGAGCCCGCUGGAGACGUCGCCGCUCUCGACGUCUCCGCGAGACCACAGGUCCUGAUGAUCGCCGGCGCUGGGGGUCCCGUGGACCCCGACUGGCCUCCACCUCGUCUGCCUCAUCCAUCGCUUCAGCCUCCGCCACCCUCCGCAGCUCCCGGGGCGGCGGCUCGGCGCGCAGGGUUCGUGCGCACGACGUGGAGAUGGUGGGCCAGCUCGUGGGCAUCAUGGUGGUGUCGUGCAUCUGUUGGAGCCCCCUGCUGGUGUUGGUGGUGUUGGCCGUCGGGGGCUGGAACUCUAGCUCCCUCCAGCGGCCGCUCUUUCUGGCUGUGCGCCUCGCGUCGUGGAACCAGAUCCUGGACCCAUGGGUGUACAUCCUACUGCGCCAGGCCGUGCUGCGCCAACUGCUUCGCCUCUUGCCCCUGAGAGCCGGUGCUAAAGGUGGCCCAACGGAGCUGGACCUAACCAAGAGUGCCUGGGAGGCCAGCUCACUGCGAAGCUCCCGGCACAGUGGCUUCAGCCACCUCUGAACGUGCCCAGAAGCUAAGCCACACCACUGGGCAGGGCUCAAGGGUGUAGAAACCCUCAAACACCAUGGGCGAUGUGUCCUUGGGGGGGCAGCACACACUGUGACCGCAUAUUGGUGAGAGGCUCCGCCCUGACGAGUACAAUUCUAACGUUGGCCACGCGGUGGCGCAGACACACAGGAUGUUCCAAAUAUCAGAGGUGGGAUCCCCGUGUCAGCAGCUCCAAGAGCAUGCGCACAACCCUGAGUCCUUAGUUCUGAGACUGGAGCUCCCCUUAAAUGCAACGAGGUUUUGGAUUUACUUACUGUCUCUGACGCUGCCACAACAGAUUCUUGUAAUCAUUCUGUUCACUUGUGGUCCCUAACUAUACUAACAAUCUCAACACCCUGUACCCACUACAGUCCUGAGUCCUGUCCUGGCUCCUCACUAAUGCAUGUUCCCAGCUUGAUCUUUUCAAAUGAGCCCCAUCAUAGUCCAGUCCCCCAGAGUCUGUCUGCUUGUUACCCACUCAAGGACGCCCACCCAAGAUUGCACACAGAGGCUGAAAAUGCAUGUAUGGGGUAAACCUCAAAGGGCUUUUUAAAAACCAAGAACUCUUGGGCAAGGCAGGGGAUUGGGGCUAGUAGCCUCCAGCCACAAAGUCGAAAUCCUGGAAGGCUGCCUGCUCUGCAGCUGUGAGGGGCCGCACAUCCCGGGGUGGGCUCAGUGUGGGCAACUCCCCUGUGAACUCCUCAUCGAAGUUGCUGACAUCUGUGCGCCCCGAAAGUGUAGGCACAAAGGGUGGGGGCAGGCGACGAGCCAGCAGGACGUCCCAGCCCAGAGUC